CCUACAUAUAAUAGAUUAAUAACCCUUAAUGUCUAUAAAAAAAUGCCGAACAUGACUCGAUCAAGUCUCAAGCUAGAUAAAACAUGAGACUGAUGAAAGUAUGAAACCAAACUUUCUUAUAUAUAAAAUUAAAGUACAAGUGCACUAAAGCUAUAGCCUAGACAUAUUAUAUCCUAACUCCCAAAUGGAUUUCCGGCAUCAACGCCGGAAUCCUUACCGCAACAUCAAUAGAAAUCAUUUCUGCUGUUGCUGGAAUUCUCCCCAUUUCAGCACAGGUUGCCGCGAUCAGUAUCAGUUCUCUCAUCCCGUAGGAUGUUCUGAAAGCAGACCCAAGGACACUGGAGCAGUAGCAAGGAGUUGCUUCAACCAAUAUCACAAUCCAAAUUUGUACUAUGAAUCGUGCCCAGAUUUCAAGCCGGAUUGGUACUACCAUGAUUUGUAUCCAAUCCAUCAUCCCUUCGAAGAAAGCAAGCAGUAUCAGCACCAGGAACGAACAACUGCUCCCACCAGGCUAAACGCAGAGGACCCAGAAAGCUCUUGGAGCAUUGUACGCCACAAACGAUGGCGUCCCAGUGGCCGUUCCAAUCAAGAACCUAUUCUCACCCAGCGAUCUACGAAGCACUACCGUGACAAUGCCAAGCCAGAAGGUAAGGCUAAUCGUUUUUUCUUCAUAGACAUGGAGGUUUAUCCUCCUAGCUCUUCCCGACAAUCACAGGAGUUAAAAGUUGAAAGGCAAAACCAGCACAAUCGUUUGUAUUACUCUCAUGGUUCCAGAGGUAAACAAACCUACAUCAAUAAAGACCAACGUACAGGGAACGCAAUAGGUGGGGCCGGCCGAAUCCGGAAUGGAAAUCAAUUUCGACCUGGAAAUCUCAUCAAUCCAGAGGCCGGACAAGAAAAUCGAGGAAACCCGUCGGCGGCUCUGCAGAAAUCACUUGCUACGGGAAUCGCUACCGAAAAUCCGUCAGUUUCUCCGUCAAUAUCCACGCCGGGAACCGGAAACUUGGCCGGAAGGAGAGGCGAGACAUCACUGUCUCCAUCACAGGUACCACAGUUGCAGAAGGUUAGCGGACGACAGUCUGGAAAUUUGAAAGUAAACGAAGCUCCCAAACUCCUCACAUGGGCUGACUUGCUAAGGACAAAAAAGGACCAAUCAACGCCCUCAAAUCAAAUUUCUGGCGGCCCAGCUGAAUCCUUUCCAAAUGACACAUUAGUCAGCUACGAACCCCCCACCACGGCUGUGAUAGAUCCAACCGAGGUCAUAGAUCAAUUCAAUUUUUUUGGCGAAGAAGGUUUUGAUUCACUUAAAAUUGAAUCAAAAACUUUUAAAUUUGCAGUAAAAAAUAAUGAAAUUAACAUUUUUGAAAUAAAAAAAUCCUUUAUGCAUAGGAUUACUUUUAAUUUUGCAGCUGCACGCCAAAUCAUUCGGUUUUUGACACAGCUCACCAGUAUUGAUCUUUUUAAAAACAGGCAAAAAACAAAUUUGGAUCUAUCACGGUCUCUUCAGAAUUGUAUAGAUCUGGUUGCUACGUGAAAUUGACCAAGGAAAAGAGGAGCUCCAUACUCAUUCCCACGGGCCAAACAAAUUCCAGCUUAGUCAAUUUCCUGACAAUAUUUUCUAAUUUUGUGGGUCUACUUAAUUUAGCACAGGAGGACCCGACGCUUAAAGUUCCCACAAACACGCCAGACUCUGAGGAGGUCACAUCUAUAUCCAAAAGAAUCUUUAAUGCACAGAUCACAGCAGUCGAACACACGUUUCAACAGCCUCUUCCUCCUAAAAAUCACACCAAGCAUUUGCUGCUUCAAGCCUACUCAGAUGCGUCAGACAGCUUUGAUCAUUCUGAUGACUCAUAUUUUUCAGAUGACUUCCUCGGACACGCAACAGAAAGCGACAGACGACUACCCAUCUCCAGCCGCGAAGACAUACGAGAUUCUAGCUUCAACAGAGAGAUUUGCUAUAAAUCCCAAUUUGUCACUCUAGACACAUGCUUGCCAACAGAUAAUCUAAAUACGCAACUCAAAAUCUAUAGAAAAACUCAGAAGAACAAAAGGCGUCAUAGUAUGACGACUAGAUCACAGUCCAAAAACUUUCCAUGGGCAUAGUUCGUACUGUCAUUUUUCUUUCAAUUUCUUUUUUCUUGUCUUUCAUGUCUUUCUGCAUAUUGUACUCUUUCCUUCAUUCAAUAAAUAAAAGAUUUUCUUUUCAAAAAAAAAAAAAAAAAAAAAAAAAAAAAAAAAAAAAAAAAAAAAAAAAUACUCCGUGAUGUAAAUGUAUGCUAGAUGUACUACGAUUAACAAUCUAAAAUGAGAGCCAGGUACAUAUAUGAUCUGACUAAACUGGACAAACUUAGUUUGUAUAUUAAAACGAGGAGUCUGACGUUGUAACUUGUAAGAGUAGCCAGUAGGAUACUCAAAGAUGUAAUGCAAAAAGAAGAAGAAGAAAAAAGGAAUGUGUUAAUUUUAUCUCUGCUAGAAUAAUCAAGUAAUACGGAGUAUAUUUAAAAGAAAUUAAAUAAGAACUAGUGUAUAUAAGAAUUCUCAUGUAUUAUAAUACGAGUAUACGACUAUUUGAUUUUGAAAAGAACGAACAUGAGAAAACGAAGAAGAUAACUAGAUACAAUAGAGAACUUAGUGUUAAAGUAUUAAAUAGACAUGGACAUGUUUUUGACAUUAAAAGUAUGUACACUAAAAUCAAAUAUUGAAAGUAAAUUAAUGUAGCAAACGAAGUCAUUUUCAGAUUUAAAAAAAUAUAAUAUGUAGCAAAACAUAGGAAUUUAAGUAUUUCUUUCCGGAUAUAUAAAUGGAUAGACA